AAAUUGUCAUUGCCCCCGCUUUGAGUAAUUGUGUGGCUUUCCUUGCGCCACGUCUUCCGAUCUAGCCGCCACCUCCGAUGUGGAAGGUGUCCUGAAAUGUGGACAAGGAAAUGAGUCAUGACUCAUGGUCAACCUGAAGCCCAGACUACAAGACUUCAGACUUCAGAGUUCAGCAUGCGCGUAAACUGCUAGUAGAAUUGUCAACAACAGAGACACUGAAAGUGGACACCAUCAGAUGGAAUGAACAACAACUGAAGGAUGUUGAUGGUGAAGUUUUGGUGUCCAAAGAAAACAACUUUGAGUUGGGUUUCUUCAGCCCCGGCGAUUCUAGCCACCGGUACGUUGGUAUAUGGUAUUCUCAAUCUAAAAUAUCUGCAAAAACAGUGGUGUGGAUUGCAAACAGAGACAACCCCAUCAAUGAUACAUCUGGAGUUCUCACAAUGAACAGGUAUGGGGAAUUAGCUCUUUAUGCUUAUAACAUGGAGAGCAUUCCUGUAUGGUCUACAAAUGUAUCACAGUCGGUCCAAAACACAGACACCUUAUAUAGAUAUGUCCAGCUUUUAGAUACUGGAAACUUAGUUCUGUUCCGGGAUGGUAAAAAUGGAAGCUUGAUUUUAUGGCAAAGUUUUGAUUAUCCUACAGAUACUCUAAUCCCAGGUAUGAAAUCUGGGUUGAAUUGGAAAAAAGGUCUAGAUUGGCAUUUAACAUCUUGGAAGUCACAAGAUGACCCUGGGAAGGGGGACUAUGCCUUUAGGGUCGAUCCGAAUCACAAUGCUACUCCCCAAUAUUUUGUCUACAAGGGUUUCACUAAGCAUUGGCGAAUGGAUGCAGGGCCAUGGCCUAAUUUUGUUAGUAAUGCCAACGAAAUGUAUAAUACCCUGCCUUAUAUGAGCAAUGCUAUUUCAAUAGUAAGGAUGAAGGAUUCCGGGUUACUUCAGCACCUAACAUGGAAUGAUGCUGACCAUCAGUGGGUGGAAAUGUGGUCUUCGCCGAAAUACCCUUGUGACUGGUAUGGACAUUGUGGUGCCAACAGCAGAUGUAGGCCUGACAAUAUUAAUUUAUUUGAGUGUGAGUGUAUUCCAGGGUAUGAGCCAAAAUCUGUAGAUGGUUGGAAUCGGAGAGAUGGAACAGACGGAUGUGUGAGUAAACGAGUAAGAGUGUCCAAGUGUAGGAAUGGAGAAGGGUUUGUGAAGGUGGCAAGGGUAAAAGAUCCAGACACAUCGAAUGUAGCAAGGUUGAGAACAAGUAUGAGUGCCAAAGAGUGUGAGCAGGAGUGCUUGAAAAAUUGUUCUUGCACAGCGUAUAUGAGCAUUACACUGGAAAGGGUUGCCAGUUGCUUGACAUGGUAUGAUGACUUGAUGGACAUGUUAGUUUACACAGGGGUCGGACGAGAUCUAUAUGUUCGUGUGGAUAAAAUCUCAUUAGCUGAGGCCAGAAACUCACAAGGUUUCUUCAGGAGUGGCAAGGUCCUUAUUCCAGUACUAACUGCUCUGGUGGCACUACUACUAAUCAUUAUACUUUCCUUGUGGUUGCUUAAGAAAAAGAGGAAGACAAGAGACUAUCUGGAUGCGGAGGAACUUGAGGAAACUAAGAGACACCCAGAAUUGCAAUUUUUCGAUCUUAACACACUGAUAGCAGCCACAGAUAACUUCUCUGAUGCCAAUAAACUUGGCCAAGGUGGUUUUGGCAGUGUUUAUAAGGGCGAAUUACCAAACGAACAAAAAGUUGCUAUAAAAAGAUUGUCUAGAACUUCAGGACAGGGAAUCGAAGAAUUCAAAAACGAAGUUGCACUAAUAGCCAGACUUCAGCACAGGAAUCUUGUGAAACUUUUAGGCUGCUGUAUAAAGGGAGAAGAAAGGAUAUUGGUUCUGGAAUACAUGCCGAACAAAAGCUUGGACUCCUUUCUUUUUGAUAACACAAGGAGGUCACUCUUAAAUUGGGAAAAGCGUUUUGAAAUUAUCAAUGGGGUUGCUCGUGGGGUUCUAUAUCUUCAUCGGGACUCAAGAUUGAGGGUUAUCCAUAGGGAUCUAAAACCCGGUAAUGUCCUUCUAGAUGCCGAGUUAGACCCAAAAAUUUCUGAUUUCGGCAUGGCAAGAAUAUUUCAAGGGGACCAACUCCUGGAAAAGACAAACAGAGUUGUCGGAACAUAUGGGUACAUGUCACCGGAAUAUGCAGUAUUUGGGAGAUUUUCUACGAAAUCGGAUGUGUUUAGUUUUGGGAUCAUACUAUUGGAGAUUAUUAGUGGCAAGAGAAACAAUGGUUGUUCUGAGAUGCAUUAUUCCAUAAACUUGAUAGGACAUGUAUGGCAACUUUGGGUAGAAGACAGAGUCUUGGAAAUUGUGGAUUCAUCACUAGAGAUUUAUCAGCUUGAUGAAGUCUUGAGAUGCAUUCAAGUGGGGCUUUUGUGCGUGCAAGAAGAUUUGAAGGACCGACCAGCCAUGUCAGCCGUCGUGUUCAUGUUGAGUGGUGAAACAUCUCUUCCAUCUCCUAAGCAGCCUGCAUUUGUCUUCAGAACAAGUUCCAGCAUUGUUGAUGAUCCCUUCAUUCCAAAUGAAUCAUAUUCUAGUAAUAGUUUGACAAUAACUAACAUGGAAGCUCGAUAAUUAUAUGAAGUAGUGUUCACCUAACCACCAAAAAUUUCAGUCACCUACCAUUUGAAUUAAAUUCAGUGGUUGAAAUUAAAAUAUUUUAAAACACUUUCAUUUAAUCUCAAUUUUUGAGUUUAAAUCUAAUAGGAGGUGAUCAUGAAAUUAAUGAUCAACGGUGACCAAGUGAACAUCAUAAUGAUAUGGAGCUCUUGUUUAUUCUUAAUUUACAUAAUUUCUUUUAUGUUAUCUACUUCACCACUGA